CGUGCUGUGAACGAUUCCGGAAGAAACAGGAGUGCGUCGAGAACAUGGGGAAGCAAAAGAAAACAAGGAAAUAUGCGACUAUGAAGCGAAUGCUUAGUCUCAGAGAUGAGCGACUUAAAGAAAAGGAUAGGUUGAAGCCUAAAAAGAAAGAAAAGAAAGAUCCUAGUGCGCUGAAGGAAAGAGAAGUCCCCCAGCAUCCUUCCUGCUUGUUCUUCCAGUAUAAUACACAGCUGGGUCCACCUUACCACAUCCUGGUGGAUACCAACUUCAUCAACUUUUCCAUUAAAGCCAAACUGGACUUAGUGCAGUCAAUGAUGGACUGUCUGUACGCCAAGUGUAUCCCUUGUAUAACCGAUUGUGUAAUGGCUGAAAUUGAGAAAUUAGGACAGAAGUAUCGUGUGGCACUAAGAAUCGCCAAAGAUCCCCGAUUUGACCGAUUGCCAUGCACACACAAAGGAACCUAUGCUGAUGACUGCCUGGUGCAGAGGGUAACUCAGCACAAGUGUUACAUUGUGGCCACAGUUGACCGUGACCUCAAACGAAGAAUCCGGAAGAUCCCUGGUGUCCCAAUCAUGUACCUUUCUAACCACAGAUACAACAUCGAGCGGAUGCCAGAUGAUUAUGGAGCCCCUCGCUUCUAAUUCUCACUCCGCAGAAUCUGCCUGCUGUUCUUGGACCAGCUUUCUCUCAUCAAUUAAUUAAACACUUUCUGAUUUUUAAAGAUG